AUCUUAUCAUUGCCUACCAUCCAUUUAUAACAACACUCACUCACUUCUCGACCGCCUUUUUCUUCUUCGGCUUCGCAUUUGAAACCCGCGAUAUCAAAAAAUCGAAACUCGCUGUGCUGCUCUGCUCUGCUCAAAACGUCGACGUUCGUUUCGAAACCCUAAGCCCUAACCAUUAUCGAAUCGAAUCGUCAGGUAAGCAACCAAGAUGCUUGAAUUUUGUGAAUGAGGAGCAUCAAUCCCUUGCCAGAGGCAGUUCGGAGUUCAGUGCGUUCCGGCAUCAUCCUCUUCGACAUCACUAGGGUUGUGGAAGAGCUCGUUUUUAACAGCCUCGAUGCCGGUGCCACAAAGGUAUCAGUUUAUGUAGGGGUUGGCACGUGUUAUGUGAAAGUGGUGGAUGAUGGAUCCGGUAUUACUCGGGAUGGAUUGGUUUUGUUGGGAGAAAGAUAUGCAACAUCAAAGUUUCACCAGUUGGCUGAUAUGGAUGUUGCAAGUGGGUGCUUUGGCUUUCGUGGAGAAGCAUUGGCUUCCAUUUCUGAUGUCUCAUUGUUGGAAAUUGUAACAAAAGCAUAUGGGAGGCCAAAUGGAUAUCGUAAAGUCAUUAAGGGAUGCAAGUGUUUAUAUCUUGAAAUUGAUGAUGACAGGAAGAAUGUAGGCACCACAGUUACUGUUCGUGAUUUAUUUUACAACCAGCCAGUUCGGAGGAAAUAUAUGCAAUCCAGCCCCAAGAAGGUGUUGCACUCAGUCAAGAAAUGUGUACUUAGGAUUGCCCUUGUCUACUUGCAAGUUUCCUUCAAAGUUGUUGAUAGUGAAAGUGGGGACGAACUUCUUUGCACUCAUCCUUCUUCUCCUUUGUCACUAUUGACAAGUGGGUUUGGGAUUGAGUCUGACUCUUUUCAUGAAUUGAAUGCUAGUGAUGGUACACUGAAGCUUUCUGGCUUCAUAUCCGGUCCAUGUGAUGGUUUCGGAAUCAAGGCCUUUCAAUAUGUCUCAGAUAUUAACUCGCGGUUCGUUUGCAAAGGUCCAAUUCACAAACUGCUGAAUCAACUGGCCACUAGGUUUGAGUGUUUGGAUUCAUGGGCAGUCAAUGAUGGGUCCCAAAACAGGAAGAGAAGUAGGUCUCAAGCAUACCCAGCUUAUAUUUUGAAUCUAAUUUGCCCUCGAUCUCUCUAUGAUUUAAUCUUUGAACCAUCAAAGACAUAUGUUGAGUUCAAGGAUUGGGGUCCUAUACUUGCCUUCACUGAGAAGGCCAUUCAACGAUUUUGGAAGGACAAUCUAGCUUUUGGGGACUCCAUUAGUCAUGCAACUGAUAUAAUAAGAAAGGACAAAAUGUGGAGGGAAGUUGAUGAUAUCAUAUCAGCAGAAGAAGAUUUUCUUGAAGUAGAUUUUUCAGAAACCUCUGAAAUUGCAAAAAAGAAGUGCAGGAUCCAAAAUCAUAAAGCUUCUAUUGACAUUUUCUCUUCACCUUCAGAGAUGCUAACGAAAGAGGUCAACCUUUUGUCUCACACACACAAUAGAAUUCCUUCUGGGAACUUGCAGAAAAUUUCUGCUGAAUUUAAAGAGCAACAAGUUGAGAUGGGAUUUGUUUGUCAAAAGGAUUAUGCUUUACAGUCAUGGGAUGGUCUUGAGGCCAAAUCUAUACCCACAGUGUCAUGUAGGUAUGACAACCAUCUGUUGAAAUCUGAUAACAAUUCUUUAUCCAUGGAAGGUCAUUUCUUGGAAAAUAGAUUCAAUGAUAAUGUGGAGGAAAAUAGUUUAAGUUCAGCAUGUGGAGUUCAGUCCCUUAAAGUUGUUCCAGAUGUUGACAUUGAAUCAGCAGGGCGUGCAUUAUCUUGUGACUUUUUUAGCAGGGAUAUAAAAAGACCUUUGCUGCAGGGUUGCUCUUCACAACAACGCCUGCCACUUGAAAGGUCUUUGUUUGCAAAUGAUGAAGGAUUUGAAUUUCAAAGAAAUGGCUCCAUGACUGACUGGAAGCAAGCAGGUGCUCAUGACAAAGUUAAUAUUCUAGAAGUUGAGGGCAGCAACCAUACUUUUGAUUUCCUUUCGAGGAGCUUGUGGCAAGAUGAGGCAUCAUGCUCUCAGGUCUUCACCAGAGAAAUUACAAAAUGUGAAUUGCCUAGAGAAUUUGAUUUUUCGUCCAGAGCUUAUGUAAAGUCAGAUCCAUCUUUUGGAGAACAUUUCAUUGAAGAUGUUCUUGAAUCUGAUUCACUCACACAAAUAGCAAACUUUGGCUCUGGUAAAUGGACCUCAAAUUCAGACUGGUGUUGCCCGACCUCAGAUCCCUUAUUUCAAGCUACACCAUGGGAUGUUGAGCAUUUUAAGGAUAAAAAUGCCCCUGUAGUGAGUUUUCACUCAGGUGAAAGCACUGGUUAUGGGCAUUUUGUGGAUAACAGAAAAAGGGGCUGCAAAUCUAGUUAUGAUAUCAUGUCAAAGGUCUCCAGCCUGGAAAAUGGCACCUCAAGUGGUACAUAUAGCAAAUUAGAAUUUAAUGGUAUUUCUGAUUCUAGUAGAGAUUUCUGCGAAUUCCUUCAAAGAGACAAUCAAGAUUGUAGAUUUCCAGAUAUAUUACCAGAUGAGACAGACUGGUUAUAUCUGAACUCGUGUGCUAAAGAUAAAGAUAUUGAUAAGUAUAAAGGCCAAAGGGAUUCAACGAGAUAUCAAGAUUGUGAACAGGAUCAUGUUCCUAAAGAAAGAUCAAGAAGCCAUUCAGCUCCACCAUUUUACAGAAGAAAAAGGAGGUUCUUUUCCUUAAAUCAUCCUGAAGGAAAACCUGAUGCCAAAACCUUUGAUAAUGCCCUUACCUAUCCAGAAGCAGACAAGUUGAAGCAUGCAAAACAACCUUCUGGUAUUUCUCAUUUAAUUUCUAAGCCGAAUUCUGUGGAGCAUUUGUUGUCAGAGGCUAGACCAGAUAUGGAGAAGAAGAUGGCAGGCAUUUCAGACCUGAAGGAGAUUGAAGGAGAAAAGUAUGGACAGUCCCAUUAUCUUGACAUUCAAGAUACCAUUCCAGUUAAAGUCUCCAACUCAAAGGAAACUCAAGAUUCGAUGGAUUCAUGGUCCAAAUGGCAGAAUUGCUCUUCCCAGAUAACAAACAAAAAUAGAUCAUGUGGUGUUCAUGAUGAAAGUAAAAUUCUUGACAUCUCUUCGGGAUUCUUGCAUCUUGCCAGUGAUUCAUUAAUUCCUAAAUCUAUCAACAAGAACUGCCUGGGUAAUGCCAAAGUUCUUCAGCAGGUGGAUAAGAAAUUCAUUCCAGUUGUGGCUGGUGGAACACUUGCCGUUAUUGACCAGCAUGCUGCAGAUGAAAGGAUCCGACUGGAAGAACUGCGAAAGAAGGUGUUAUCUGGAGAGGCAAAGACAAGAAGUUAUCUUGAUGUUGAACAAGAGUUGUCACUGCCAGAGAAUGCCUAUCAGUUACUGCAAUAUUAUGCUGAAGAGAUAAAAGAUUGGGGUUGGAUCUGCAACAUUUAUGGUCAAGAUUCAAGGUCUUUCAAGAGGAAUUUGAAUAUUCUCCACAGGCGGCCAACAGCUGUCACACUUAUUGCGGUACCCAACAUUUUAGGUGUCAAUUUAUCUGAUGUAGAUCUUUUGGAAUUUCUUCAGCAGCUUGCUGAUACAGAUGGAUCCUCAACAAUACCUCCUUCAGUUCUUCGAAUCCUUAAUAUGAAAGCAUGCAGAGGUGCAAUUAUGUUUGGGGACUCAUUGUUACUUUCAGAAUGCUCCCUCAUCGUUGAAGAGCUAAAGAAGACCUCACUUUGUUUUCAAUGUGCUCAUGGACGUCCCACAACUGUCCCUCUUGUCAACUUGGAGGCCUUGCGCAAGCAGGUAGCUAAGGUCGGAUUUUUGGGUGAUAGUUCAAGUGAGUUGUGGCAUGGUUUACGUCGACAAAAACUCAGUAUUGAACGUGCGGCACAGCGGUUAAGUUCUGCAAGAGGUUAGAGUUGAGGAGACACCAAAGGUGUUACUAGAAUCAGUGUGGCAGCCCUACAUGCAUGUUAAUUGACACGUUCAGUGUAAAUUCAUUCGUUGACAUCUGGUGUAUGGCUCACUUUCAGUAAUCAGUAUAAGUGUAAAUUCAUUCUUUGUCAUUUGGUGUAUAGCUCACUUUUAGUAAUCAGUAUACGUCCGAACCAUGCUCAGUAAAUUCAUCUGGACAUAAUAAAUCACGAUUUCUUUA